CCCCACCUCUCCCCUCCUGCCCCGGCUCCUCCUCCCCGCCGUCAUGUUCGUGAGCCUGCAGGUGCCGGAGAGGUUCUGCUCCUGGCCGUGCCGGCCAUCUGGAGUCGGCCUGCUUUGGGCAGUGGCUGCCGUGGUCCUGUACAGAACGCAAGGGAAAGUGUUGACCAAGGAUGUGGCGGUGGUGCUGGACACGCCUGCUACUCUGGUGUGCUCCUUGCUGUUGGCCAAGGAGGUCUUGAGCGUCACGUGGCAGAAGCUGGAGGCGGGGGGACCCGACAACGUGUGCACCUUCAGUCAUUCGCACGGCAAGGUUAUCGAUGCCAGGUACCGGUCCAGGGUGGACAUCUCUCAGGGGCUUGACGAGUCCAUCCUCACCUUUAGGAAGGCCCUGCUGCAGGAUGAGGGCUGCUACAGGUGCAUCUACAACAUCUUCAACUCGAGGCCGAUUCAGAGCCAGGCCUGCCUCACCCUCUACGUUCUGCCGUCGGCGUCCAUCCGCUACCGGUUCGUCAACGGUCACCUGGACGCAGCCUGCUCGGCCACCGCCCGGCCACCUGCGCUGGUCUCCUGGAACGUGAGCGGAGUGGAGGGGGAAAGCCACACUGAGAGCACCGCCCAUGGCAAUGGGACCACGACGGUCACCAGGACCCUGCAGUUGAAGGACUCGGAGAGGCCGCUGGGGAAGGAGUUGGUCUGUAAGGUGCUGCACCGUGGAAACGUGACCCAGCUCAGGACCACCGUGAGCAAGAGCGAUCGCGUUUCAGUUCCCCUGCUCCUGAGCAUCGUUUCCGUGCUCAUCCUCGUUGCCCUGAUCGGGGUCUUGUUGUUCUGGAAACAGCGCCUGAAGACAAACUGCGAUGAAGGAACUGAGGCACCGAGAAGUGAACCUAAGAAGGGGCCGAUGGACCCAGUCGCGGAUUCCUCAAAGGGUAGCCGAUGUGCUUGA